UGCAAGCUGCUGGUGUUGCCGUGACGAUGACAUCCUCCCCCUCCCACACACACACACACACUCAGACGAGAGGAGAGGGAGCAAACAAGACGCGAUGGCUUCAGGCUGAAAACACACAUCCAUCGGCUGCGUCUCAAGAAAACAUGGAUUCAGAGUCUCUCCUCGGUCUGAACUCUCGGAGAAGUAAAUGAACACAGACGUCCGUCACUCUUGGACCUGCCGCUCACACGCUACAAUUCUUCUCUUAGUUUUGAAGACUCCAGGAACACAUGGAAGCAGAGGGAGGUUUUAAAUGGACACUUUGUGGAUUUCCCGAGGUCUGGAUUUUAAAACCCAAAAAGAAUGUGAUGAAGUCAUUGACCACAGGCUCAAAUAAAGGGUGUGUCUGAAAUCAUAGCCCCGCCCUUCUGCAGCGAAGAGAUCAACAACUUAAAGCGUUGUGGACAGAAGUCGAGAAGUCUCAAAAAAACACAUAGAUCUGAACCUAGAUCUGUUGAAUCCCUCUGAAAUGACUGCAGGCCCCAGAGACAAGUGUUAGCCUGUCAUUGUGAAAUGUUUCUUUAGAUAUCGUUUAUCUGAACGUCUGUUUCAGCUGACGAUAAAAGCUCUUGUGUCCGAACGUCUGGCGCCUCCCCCUGGCCACAGAGUGGAAUAAGGGGCGUGUUCAGGGGUUCAGCCCUCGCAGAUGGAGGCUCACCAACACUCGCCAGACAGCAGCAGUGAGGAGUGCACCGUCCUGGAGGCUCCGCCCGGAAAAAACGCCUGCCCACAACACGCAGGGAACGUGGCUGAUCUGUACUGCUCGGCCUGUGAUUGUGCGCUGUGUGAUGACUGUGUGUCAGACCAUGAGGAGCACCCCAGGGUGCCGCUCAGCGAGGCCCUGGAGCAGCAUCGUCUCAGCCUGCAGGAGAAGCUGGGGUUCGUCCAGAACAGACUCCCUCAGAUAUCAGACGCCCUGUCCUUUGUUAAGGAGAUCCUCCAGCAGCUGACCAGUCAGAGAGCUUCCAUCGAAGAGGACAUCCAGUCCAGCUUCGAGGACCUGCACAAGCAGCUGGACGUCCGGAAGAGUGUCUUGCUCAUGGAGCUGGAGGUCACAUACGGACUCAAACAGAAGGUCCUCCAGGCACAGGUAGACAACCUGGUUCGGGGAGAGGGGGACAUCAGUGCCAUCUGUACCCAGACGGAGGAGGCUCUGGCAGGGGAGGCAUGUGUGGCGAACCUGCAGGCAGAGCGGGAGCUCGGGGAGAGAUUGGCGGGGCUCGCCGGUCUGGGUAUGCCGUGUCAGCCGGAGGAGAACGACCAGUUGGAUCUGGUGAUGGAGACCGACAUGCUGAGGAAGUCUAUACACAACCUGGGGACAAUCGUCACGACCAGUGCGGUGGCAAGCCAGAGUGAGGCAAUGGGCGCCGGCCUGGAGCAGAGCAUUGUGGGACAUCCUUCCUCGGUUACCAUUGUAACAAGGGACAAGUCAGGGGGAGCCUGCAAGAGUGGCAACGCGAUCCUGUCAGCUGAGGUUUUCACCCCAGACGGCAGCAUAGUGGACGGGGAAAUUAUGGACCACAAGAAUGGCACUUAUGAGUUUGUGUACACAGUUCCGAAGGAGGGCCACUUCUCGCUGGCACUUCGUCUGUACGACCAGCACAUCAAAGGAAGUCCCUUCAAGCUAACCGUGACCAGGACCUUGGAGGUCGACGUAGAGUCUCUCCAGGUGUCUCCUUCCACCACCACAGCAACCAACUCAGCCGCCAACGCCACCCCAUCUACAGGCUCCUCUGAUGGGACCAAGAGAAGAGGGAAAUCCCCCGGGCAGAAAAAGAAGGGCUCUAAAAGGGCCAGCAGUGCCCUGGGCACCCCGAGACGUAAAACUCAGAACCCCAUUGAGGAUGACCUCAUCUUCCGGAUCGGAACAAAGGGGAGGAACAAGGGAGAGUUCACCAACCUUCAAGGAGUGGCAACCUCAUCCAGCGGCAGGAUACUGAUCGCAGACAGCAACAAUCAGUGUGUCCAGAUUUUCUCCAACGAGGGGGAAUUCAAGAGUCGUUUUGGGAUGAGGGGACGGUCACCAGGGCAACUGCAGCGCCCCACAGGCGUGGCCGUGCACCCCAGUGGUGACAUCAUUAUUGCCGACUAUGACAACAAGUGGGUCAGCAUCUUUUCCUGCGAGGGCAAGUUCAAGGCGAAGCUUGGCUCGGGCAGACUUAUGGGGCCAAAGGGCGUGUCUGUGGACCAGAAUGGUCACGUGAUCGUGGUGGACAACAAGGCGUGCACUGUCUUCAUCUUCCAGUUGACGGGCAAGCUCAUCACCAAGUUUGGUAGUCGAGGCAAUGGGGACAAGCAGUUUGCAGGUCCACACUUUGCAGCAGUGAACAAGAACAAUGAAAUCAUUGUGACCGACUUCCACAACCACUCUGUCAAGGUUUUCACCCCUGAGGGAGAGCUGGUGUUAAAAUUUGGCUCAAAUGGUGAAGGGAAUGGUCAGUUCAACGCUCCCACUGGUGUAGCUGUGGAUGUUAAUGGGAACAUCAUUGUAGCGGACUGGGGCAACAGCAGAAUACAGGUGUUUGACGGCAGUGGUUCCUUCCUCUCCUACAUCAACACAUCGGCAGACCCUCUGUAUGGACCCCAAGGUCUGGCUCUCACCUCAGACGGACAUGUGGUCGUGGCCGACUCCGGCAACCACUGCUUCAAAGUCUACCGCUACCUACAAUGAUGACAAGAGAGGUGAAGGCAGGAGAGAUGGUCGGGAGGAGCAGCUGUUGAAGAGGAGAGAUUCCAUCCACGAUGUCAAACUCCAGGAAUUAUUGCAUGAACCUCUUUUGCUGAAUGUAACGAAGGAAGGAGGGAUUGGUAGAAGCCAGGAGAAACAGAGGAAGAGGAUUAGCCGAGCCAUCAUAACAUCACAAGAGUUCAAUGAAAAUAAAAGCAAGUAUUGGAUCCUUUUGAUGAAGUGAUCAGAAAAAUGGAGAUGUGGAUUGCAGGGACCGGAGGCACCAACACUGAUCUUUGAACUACACCCCUUUAAAAGUCUAAAGAGUGUGACGUGGCAGAUGAAGAGGAAGAUAAUAAUGUUCUGCCUUAUGCAAAUUUGAGAGACAUCACUGAAUGGGAUGCAUGAGGGCUGCAAGGCAUACGGAGUCAAAACUGUGAUGCAAAGAUGGAUUAAUGAUGUCAAAUUCUACAAGUCCCCCUUUCUCCCAGGUUGGCAUGAGUAGAUCAAAGGAUGACUGAAUCAAUAAAGGCUUUCAAAAAUAAAGACGACAAGAGUGGAGGAUAAAAACAUCCUCGGGAACCUUAAGGAUGGAAAAAGGGAUCGCAAGUGUAUCAGAGGCAUGAAUGACCGAAGGAUGCGGAUUUAUAGAGAUUAGGAAGGAAAACCAACAGUUUUCUCUUGUUUGACUUUCUCGUAUUGUAUCUACAAGUUCAAAUAAUGGCCAGUGAACUAAAAGGGGUCCAUGUCUUGGUUUGGAAUUCAGUCAUUGGUUACUCCACAUCAUAUAUUUCACCUACAUCUAUUGUACAGUUAUUUGCAUUUGUACAUCAAUGACAUCAACUAACAUUUUGAGGCUAAUUUGACCAAAUACCAACUUACUCUUAGGCUACAUCCACAUGACUACGUUUUAGUUUUACAACUUAGCAUUGUUGCUAUGGCUACGUCUGGCGUCCACAUUACUCAGGAGUUUUCGAGAGCCUAAAACGUAGAAGAUUGUAAAAGCUGAUGGUCUCGAUUUAGGUUGAAAACUCUGGGGUUGUGUUUUAGUCUGGACGAACAGAAACUGAGACUUUUGUAAACGAUGACGCAGACGCCCACGUUCAUUUCCUGAUUGGUUCUCAUCAGUCACAUGACUCGACUACC